UCUUAGAAUAAAGAUGGAUUAUAUAAUUUCUGUGAUGUUUAUUACUGUCGCAGGACUCGCAACAAUUUCAAUUGCAGGAAAUACUGUCUCCCCAACAGCCUCGGGUUUAAGCAUGGACAGCACUUCUAGUAUGAUUUACUCUACUGUAUCGUCGAAUAGCACUAACAUUACAAAUUAUACAUCGGAAGUGACUGCAAGCACUCCAUCGACAAGAAACCCAGUGAUUCCUAAUAAAGUGUUGAAAAUUCCGAAAAACAAAAAAGAAGUAGUGAGAGGAUGCAAAUAUUAUUGUUUAGUGAAUAAAAAAACUCGUGAAAUGCGCAACUGCUUUGAUGAGAUGACACGUCCCCAACAGAGAAAGUGUCUAAUGUGUCGUCACAAAUGGGCGAGAUGCAAAAAAUACGACGCUAUGUAUAUCUGAUUGAAUAUAAAUUUAUCGAAAGAUAAUUAAUGUUAAAUCAGUGUUUACAAAGCAAAUUUAUUGAAUAUAUCAUAGUGUUUAAGAGAUGAUUGUGUGAAAAGUAUCUAUUAUAAGAAAUUAUGUACUGUAUAUAUAAAAUUGUGUGUAUCAACUGUAGCAAAAAAAAGUAUAAACUUUUUUUCAUUUGUUCAAGCAUUGAACAAAAUGAAUUGGUGGCGCGAUUCAUCUGAAUAAAAUAUCU